AUGACGGAAAUCCAGAAUUCAAACCCCACAAUCCUCGAUGCAGCUGACCUACCGACCCGUCUGCGAACCCCCCAGAAAUCUGCCGACCAUGGCCUCUUCACCUCCGCCUUGCCCCUCCCCGCAGAAUUUGAUGCGUCAUCUGACUCCGACGAUGACAACCUGAUGGAGGAGCCAAUCGAUGAACAGGAAAUUUAUGACCUCAUCUCGUCUAUCUCCGACCCCGAACACCCCAUCUCCCUGGGCGAACUCGCCGUGGUAUCCCUGCCAGACAUCGCAAUCAAGCCCACCCUCCCCAAUGUACCAGAAUCGCCUCUCCAGACGGUCACCGUGCUCAUCACCCCCACAAUUACCCACUGCAGUCUGGCCACCGUAAUUGGACUCGGUGUGCGGGUGCGGUUGGAACAGUCUCUGCCGUCUCGAUUCCGCAUGGAUGUGCGCAUCAAGGAAGGAACACACAGUACGGGCGAUGAAGUCAACAAGCAGUUGGCCGACAAGGAGCGGGUGGCAGCCGCACUGGAGAACGGGGCGCUCAUGGGCGUUAUUGCCAAGAUGAUGGAGACCUGCCAAUAG